AUGUCGGCGAUCCGAUGGAACCCAUGGGGCGUCAACUACGCCGGGAAGGAGAUCGAGCAGAUGCAAUUCGUGCACCGCGUGUACCUCGAGGCGAUGGGCAUCGAGGCCAUCGACCUGCCGCCGACGCUGCAGAUGAACGCGACGUUCACGGCCCCGCUCUACGUGCCGACGAAGGCGUCCUUUGACGAGCACACGUUUGUACGGCAAAUGCAAGGCGUCGUGGGCUUGCUGCGGCAGCCCGCGGAAGAGAUCAUCUCGUGCAUCUGCGGCUACCAAAAGGAGCGCGCAGACCGCUUCCAGUUUGGCUCGGCCUACAUGAACGACCCGCGCACGCUGCUGCUGGAAGAGAUCAAGGAGUGGGCCAUGUCGCGCCUCGCGCCGGCUUCAUGCACGACCGAGUCGAUCGAGCGCGACGUCGAGAAGCGCAAGAACUACAUCACACAGCUGCAGACCAUUUGA